AUGGUGGGACUAUCUCUGGGAGAAGAGCACUUCAUACAAGGUGGCAUUGCUCAAGACCUUCGUUCUAAUGGUCGAAAAAGAUUAACUUACCGUCCUAUUUAUGUUGAAAUUGGAGUUAUACCCCACGCAAAUGGUUCAGCAAGAGUCAGGUUGGGGCAAACAGAUGUUAUUUCCAGUGUGAAGGCUGAACUUGGAAAGCCAAGUUCAUUGCAACCUGACAAAGGAAAAGUUGCCAUUCAUGUUAAUUGCAGUCCAAGCGCAGCACCAAUGUUUGAGGGUAGAGGGGGUAAGGAGUUGUCCACAGAACUCUCAGUUGCUCUUCAGCAUUGCCUAUUAGGUGCUAAAGGUGGAGCAGGGGCUGGAAUUGAUCUCUCAUCUCUAAUAGUUGCGGAGGGAAAAAUCUGCUGGGAUUUUUAUAUUGAUUGUCUUGUUGUAUGUUCAGACGGGAAUCUGCUUGAUGCCCUAGGUUCUGCCAUUAAGGAUGUCAAGAAUUUUUCUGGCUGUUGA